UUCAGUCUUUUAUUUUUUCGCGUUAACUUGUACUUUUUAUCUGUUCAAAAGAAAAUUAAUUCCUAAUUUUUUUCAUUGAAACUUUAUAUGAUACAUUAGUACCAGUUCGAUUUCUCUAGAAUGCCACACAAUAAAGACCUUCCAAAAUGGAUCGAGGAAACGAUGAUGAAAAUCAUCGAGAAACUUGGACCGAACGUCCACAAGGCUCAGUAUGAAUUAACCGAAUUUAAUGACAAUUUGAUCAUGUCUAGUUUGUGUUACGUACGUUUGCAAUUUGAGAACAAAACAAACGAAAAAAACGAAGAAUUACACGUGAUACUGAAGAAACCCAUGAAAGGCUUUAGUCAGAUAGCUCACAUCGACGAUCAAUUUCACAAUGAGAUCUUGUUCUAUCAGAAGUACGUCCAACCGGAUGAGAUCGACGCGAAGAAAUACGCGAGGUGCCUCUACUUCGAUGAACGGCCGCCCAACGAUUCGAUAAUCGCUCUGGAAAAUGUCAACCAACGAGGAUAUUAUUCUUGCCCGUAUAUGUACGACUCCCCUGGAAUGGACUCCUCCAUGGAAUAUGUAUUGGCGGCGAUGCGCGAGUUGGGACGAUUUCACGGUAAAGGCUACGUUAUGAAGGAGCUGCAACGGGAAAAGUUUUUCGACAUUGUGGCACAAUGUAAAGAGGUCAGAUUCGCAAAGUAUUCGGAGAACGUUUACGAAACUUUGCCGAAUAUUCAAUCGAUACGCGCGAUAGAAUAUCUUCGUAAACGUGGCCACGAUCCCACUUUCUGCGAUAAAAUGGAGACCUUUCUCUCGGAAGCGUUCGACAAAGUGAUGAUGAAGGUAGUGCAACCGGUAGAACCCUUGGCCACGCUCUGCCACGGUGAUUUUAUCUUGGGCAACAUUCUCUUCAAGACGGAAGACAACGGACAAUAUCAGCCAAUGCUAAUCGAUUUUGCUCUUAUCAGGUACUCGACGCCCGUUGUUGAUCUCUCCACGUUUUUGUGCCUCUGUUGCUCGAACGAUAUGAGAAGAAAAUAUUUCUUCGAGAUCAUGCGAGCCUAUCAUGACGCGCUGAGGGGGUAUUUGCUAAAGGCUGGAUUUCAGAAUAUCGAGAAAUACUCGUACGACGCUUUGUUGGACGAUUUCAGGAGAGGUGCUCUCUUCGGUUUUGUUAUCGCGUCUUCCUUCUUAUUUAUGAUAUUGGGACAUGCCAACAUGACGGUAUUAGUACAAGAUAUAAUAAACCUGGGCAGGCUGGAAAGUGCAAAAAAAUAUAAGUACGCUGGUGGAGACGAACUAUCUAAAAUACUUGCUGAUAUGUUGCUGCAUCUGAAAGAUCUUGGCUGCUUAAAACAUGUUUUAUAAUUGUGUGAAAUAAUUUGAACG